UUACGUGCUUUUUUCCCCCCUAAAAAGCCUCAGCAUCUUCUUGUACUCAGAUACCCUGUCAACUUCAGGCAUGGCUAGCAUCCUUGCUUGUAUGGGUAAUAGCCAGAGGCAAAACACAGCCUUGCCGCCUUGGGCCCUUUCCUUGCUGAGGUCCCUGGGGAGGAGUCUUGGUCCUUUGAUGGCCAAUCUGGUAGAGAGAAACAUGAAAUUGUUCUCUGGGAGGGCAGUGCCAGCCUAUGGGGAAGAAACCUUUGAAAACUGGCUGAUCCAAGUCAAUGGGGUCCUGCCAGAUUGGAAUAUGUCGGACGAGGAAAAGCUCAAACGGUUGAUGAAAACCCUUAGAGGCCCUGCCCGAGAGGUCAUGCGUCUGCUGCAGGCUGCCAACCCCAACCUAAGUGUGGCCGAUUUUUUGCGGGCAAUGAAACUGGUGUUUGGGGAGUCUGAGAGCCGUGUGACUGCCCAUGGUAAAUUUUUUAACACCCUGCAGGCACAAGGGGAGAAAGCCUCCCUUUACGUGAUCCGUUUAGAGGUGCAGCUCCAGAAUGCUAUUCAGGCAGGCGUCCUAGCUGAGAAAGAUGCAAACCAGACUGGUCUGCACCAGCUCCUAGUAGAGGCUGAGCUGAACAGAGACCUGCACCUCAGGCUUAAGCAUCUUCUUAGGGUAUAUUCAAAUGAGCAGGAGCAGCUUCCCAAUUUCCUGGAAUUAAUCAGGAUGGUAAGGGAAGAAGAGGAUUGGGAUGACACUUUUAUUAGGCGGAAGCGCCCCAAAAGAUCUGAGUCAAUGACAGAGACAGCAACCAGCCCUGUGGCAUUUCAGAGUUCCCCACCAAUGGCUACUGGCAGUACUGACUGCAGUGUGAUAGAGAUAGAUGAUACCCUUGAUGACUCAGACGAGGAUGUGAUCCUGGUGGAGUCUGAGGACCCUCCACUGUCAUCCUUUGAUGCCCCACCACUGAGAGGCAGGGCCGGAUCUUGGGAUCAAGUGCUGGUCAUUGAUUCCCCCGACAGUGACGAGGAUCAGUUUCCUUCUGCCAGUGGUGAUUUUGGGCGUAACAGUAAUGGUCCUGGGGAUAUGUGUAGAGCCAGGAAACGAAAACGUAUGAUGUACUGUUCUUAUUGUGGGGAGGAGGGCCACUCAAAAGAAACCUGCGACAACGAGAACAACAAAGUCCAGGUUUUUGAGAAUCUGAUCAUCACCCUGCAGGAGCUGACACAUACAGGGGAGGAGGGGACAGGAGAGGCCCCUUGUGAAUUGAGUGACCCCUCUGAGCCACAGUAAAGUGCUAACCCCCAGCCUUCAAUGAACCCCCUUACCUAUAUCCAGAGAUCAGUGAUGGUAAAACUGGGGGAAGGGGACUUCUAAUUGCAUUAAUUAAUCUGCAUAACAGCUUUCUUUGGGGGUGGAGGAGAAAGGAUCUGGCAUACCAGGAUGGUGGAAGGGGAAGGACUGACCUCGAUCCUUGUGUCUCUCCCGACUACCUAAGAGUGUAUUUUCUGUGUGUGCCCAUUUCCUCGAUGGCUUUAUUCUCUUUGUGAAAGUGUUAUAUAAUUCAUUGUUAAAUCUUCUGAUAAUACAGAAAAGUCUAAAAAGUAAAGUACAAAUUAACCAAAACUCUCCACCCUUAUGUAACUAUUGUUAGCCCUUGGGUGAAUGUCGUAGAGUCUUCCCUAUAGCUAUGUACCCAGAUAGGUAUAUGUACAGAUGAAAAUGAUCAAUAUAAGUGAUGCUGUAUAUGCUGUAUUUUUUCACUAAAUAAAAUAUGUUGUGGGCUUCUCUGUCAAUAAAUAUAUAUCUCUA